CAUUUCAAAAGAAGUAUUACAAAACUGACAACCGAAACUUGACAGUUGACACUGACAAUUAGAAAACUCAAAGAUAAAAAGAGGAAAUAGUCGCAUAAAUAAAUAUCCUUUAUUCAUAAACUGUGAAUAAAAUAAUAAAAAUGCAUGCGCAAUUUAAUUUAACUGUGAUAUAAGUAAUACGAUUACAUAUAAGUGAUAAUAAAGUUACAAAAUGGAACACAUUCGACUGUUUGAUUGGUGUGCCACAGAACCUGAUCGACAAUUUGUAACAGUGGAGGAACUUGACAACUGUGUGACAGAGAGGAUCCUUAGGAACAAAUUCUAUGACCCGUUGGAAUCAUCCAGCUCUGAGGAUGAAGGCAGCAGGUGUAAAAUUGAUUGGGACAGCAUAUUUGCUAAGAAGAAAGAUUCUGAGAAGACUCAAAAAAUAUUUGUGCCAGGCCUCCAUGCUGUGCCACCGUACCUUAAAAAAUCAUCCCUCACUGAGCAGCAACACUACCAAUGUUUGAAGGUGUUGUGCCAAGAUAACCCGCAUGUACUGCCUGAUUAUUUUAUUGCAAGACCAACAAAGGCUGAUAGUCGAGUAAUGGAGCAAAUAAAAGAAUUAUAUGAGAAAGAACAAAAAGAAUAUGCAGAAUGGGCGAGAGCACUGUGGAAUAACAGUCAUUGUAUAAGGGCAUUACGUCCGAAGCCAGUCAUAGAGACUGUGUAUGAUGCAGAGUACAAGAUGAGGUCUCAUGAGGUGCGGUCGUUCCCCAAGACUUGGCAUGUUGCAGCGCAAAUACCACUUGAGAUGAGGAGUGGAGUAUUUGAAAUGGUGUUGAGAGAGGAUGUGGUUAAAGUAAAUUACGUAAUGUCGAUGGACGAAGACACGUGUGACCAAGACAGCGUCAUUACACCGGUUUAUGCGAAGAACACUCCAAAACGGAAGAAGGAAGAGAGCACUCCCGUUGAGAAAGAGAAGCGGCAGACGAGGUCAAGCGAUAUGCCGAAUUUUGGAAUCUAUACGUGUUCUUGUAAAGACUCAAUAUUUGAGAAACCGCCGCCACGAUCAUUCAGGAAAUGGUUGUUGAAGAAAAAGAACAGCCACGAAACAUACGACAUCAUCGUGCAUUGCUCGCACAAAACUAAGAACCGCACUCAGGAAGUGGUGUUGGAGCCCACGAUAGAGUACCAAGCAGACCUCGGCGCGAGCCAGCUCUCCCAGAGCAGGAUCAGGGCCAUGGCACUCGCGCUCAUGCUUAGAGAGGACGCUACGCUUCUUAACGUCCGCGUGGACAGCGACUCUGGGGACAUAAUAAGCGUGGAGCAGCCGUCCCUCCCCCCCGGCGUGGAGGGGGACGUGGCCCACAUCGUGUAUGCGUGCCUCGCGCAGCUCAGCGGCUUGUUGCCUGGACACUACGUGUUGCUGCAUGAGUCGCGUCACGGCGCGAACGCGUUGCUGCUGAGCCCCCGCGGCGCGGCGCAGGGCGGCGCGGCGCUGGCGUGGCUGGCCGCCGCGAGCGACGACGAGGCGCGCGGGGUCCGCGCCCCGCCCGUGCUGGAGCCCACCCUGCUGCCCUACCACAAGUAUCGUAGAAUCCUGCCGUGUGCUUUCACCCCUUACGAGAGUCAAGUUGCCAAGGAGCCUAAGAAGCCGGUGACGCGGCAAAAGACCCCGCCGCAAGCCAUCAGGUUGGAUGCGGGAGCGCAGAGCGGCACGCAUCGCAAGUGGCCGAAAAGGAAACGCAAGAAGACAAAAAAACUAAUUGCGGAAUAAACAUUUUAUUUAUAUAAAUUAUUUCAUUUUAUACAACUGAUGUACCUAUAUAGCUACGUGCAUAAAUAACAAACAUUCAACA